GGAGACAGGCGUGGGCAGUGCUGGGCAGGCUGGCUCGGGCCGCGGCCGCGGCGAGUUACAUCGUUUUCCUAUCUGUCCGCGAACGCCGCCGCCGGACACAGAGCCAGGAUGUUCGGGAUGCUGAGCAGCAGCUUUGAGGACGACCCCUUCUUCUCUGAUUCUUUUAUGGCACACCGAGAAAGUAUGCAACAGAUGAUGAGAAAUUUUUCUGAACCUUUUGGAAGAGACAUGUUCAGCAUCUCUGAUGGUAGAGGAAGAGCUCGUAACCAUAUGGGACAUGAGGAUGGAGAAAAUUCCUGGACUGCAAUGAGUUCUCUUGUGCCUUUUGGCAGUUUUGGUGGUAUGCGUACAGAUGUCAACCCUUUUCAGGCAAUGGACCGAAUGAUGUUAAAUAUGCGAAACAGUAUGCAGGAAUUACAAAGAAACUUUGGUCAACUUUCAAUGGAUCCAAAUGGACAUUCGUUUAGUUCUUCCUCAGUUAUGACUUAUUCCCAAGUAGGAGACGAACCACCAAAGGUUUUCCAGGCCUCAACUCAAAUGCGCAGGGCUCCAGGAGGAAUAAAGGAAACUAGGAGAGCACUGAGAGAUUCUGAGAGUGGACUAGAAAAAAUGGCUGUUGGUCAUCACCUCCAUGACCGAGCUCAUGUCAUUAAAAAGUCAAAGAACAAGAAGACUGGAGAUGAGGAGGUCAAUCAAGAGUUCAUCAAUAUGAGUGAAAGUGAUGCUCAUGCUUUUGACAAUGAGUGGCAAAAUGAGGUUCUGAAGUACCAACCAAAGGGACAAUGGCGCAACCUAGAAAACUCUAGGAUGCGAAGCGUUGGUCAUGAGAAUUCAAGAUCCCGAGAACUUAAAAAAAGGGAGAAAAUUCAUCAAAGUCCAGCCAUUGAACAUGGAAGAUCAAACGUUUUUGUGGACAAACUCAACAUCAAAGGAUCACCUGUGAAAAUCAACAAAAAAUAAAUAGCAUUGCAUUUGAUUUGUUUAGUUUCGGUUGUCUGAACAGAGAAAGUAAUGGUGCUGAGUAAUACACAUAAGACCAAUCGCUUGUUGUUAAAUCAGUACUGUUUUUAGCAAUUUUCUUCUGAAUGUUCUUGGAAGUGCUAGCUUUAUAUAAAUCCCUACUUUAGGAAUAAAACUUUAAUUUUCAACAGUG